CAAGCCACGAAUCCGGCCCUUUAUGGUGUUUUUCGUUUUCUUCAUUUACCAGUCUCCUUUCCUGCCUUCUGAGUGUCUGCCUGCGCCCCCGUUUUACGCACGCCCUCAACUUCCCUCAGUCUCCGCAUGUUCUCGCCCCGAUCCUCUGUUCAGACGCUCUGCUCUUUUCUUUUGCUUCUCUGAGGAAUAAAGUUAACUGCUCUCCCCUUAUUAUCCUCCGGUGUGUCCAGAAGGCUCUGGAAAUACGAGGGACUCACAGCGAGGAGAAACAGGCCCGCGCUUGACUCAAGCUCGGCGAGGGCUUUGCCAACACAUGCGAAAUUGGAUCCGUAAACAAAGCGUUCCAGGGUAUAAGGCAGUAGUCCAGAUCGUAUCACAUCCCCCCCCGCGAGCAGACGUCUUCUUGGCAAUCAGCUACUCUUCGUUCUCCGCCGUUUUUCUGUGCUGCGGGAGACGAAUUGUUCGAACAUCAUGGGGAUGAUCUCCGGCCAGCGUUCGUCGAGUGCCCCCUCGUUUGCCGAAAGCCACCCACCGUCAGAUUUCGUUUCGCCUUCAGGUGUCGAUACACUCCAAAAUACAGAGAUGAAAGAGGAUUCGACUUCUCGUGACAGAGGAGCGGCGGCUGUCGACACCGACGCGGGUUUACGAAAAACAGAAUCUCCUCUCUCGACCGUCAGCGAGCAAGUCGACCAUCGCGAGUACCCCAGAUACGGCGACUUUGUCAUUCUCUACGGCAGCCAUCAGCUCGUUAUCCCUGUACUUCUGGAAAGGGGUCGCGUCUCCAACAGCCGACUGGGGAACUACAGACAUGACGAUAUUGUCACGACAGCCUACGGAUCCAAGGUCCAAGACCGCAAGUCCAAGAGGUGGUUAGUUGUCUUGCGUCCGUCUCCCGAUCUGUUUUCUCUCGCGCUCACGCAUCGGACACAAAUUCUCUACCAUUCAGACAUAUCGCUGGUCUUGAUGCUGUUAGAUGCGUGUCCUGGCAGACGAAUCUGCGAGGCUGGCACGGGCUCGGGAUCGCUGUCAUGUCACUUGGCCAGGGCCGUUGCGCCCACGGGGCACAUCUUCACUUUCGAGUUCCACCAGCAAAGGAAAAUGGAGGCCGAAGCGGAUUUCAAGCGUCUCGGCCUCUCUUCAUACCUCUCGUGCUACCACCGGGAUGUCUGUACAGACGGCUUUGUCAGCGUUUCAACUGCGUCGGGCGAGGACGUGUCUUCGAACUCCUCUGAGACCUCGAGGGUUUUGCCGCUUGAAGAGAAGGGCAAAACAGCUGGUGCCCUUGCAGAUUCUGAAACUCCGGACGACGGUGGAGCGGCCGAGAAAGUCGGUCUGCCAGCCGCUGGAUCGAUCGAUAGUCUUUUCCUCGAUGUGCCUUCGCCCUGGCUAGCGUUAGACCACGUGGAUGCAGCCCUCCGAGAAGGUGGCCGUUUCGUAAAUUUUUCGCCCUGCGUCGAGCAAGUCCAGCGGGUCUGCGAAUGUCUCCAUGAACGCGGCUAUCACGGCAUUCGAACUUUUGAAGUGAUACGAAAGCCAUGGGGCGUGUGGACGAAGAAACCUACGGCGCGGUCUUCGGCUGUGCGAGAUCUUGGCAGAAUUCCAGAAGAGCCAAUCCUUGCUCGGGACUCGAAGCGGCUGAAAAAAACAGGUGCAGAAACGACUGCUGCCUCUGAGGACCCCACGCAAGCUUCCACGACCAGGUCCCGGAAAGGAAACGGAAACACGCGUAGGAGCGAAGUCGACGGGUGCCAGGGAGAUGGAAACGAUAAAGAAAUUUCUCUCGCGACGUUUCCGCUGCUAAUUAGUCAGUUGUUGGGCCAGUCUGUCCCCGAAGAGUUCUGGACACCAGCGAUGAAACUGGAGUGUGCAUCAGACAGUGUUGAGGCAGGUUGUGAGCAAGGCGCUGCCGAAAACAAAGGCACGUGCAAGAAAGUGUGUCAUAGCAAGUCUACCUUGCGGGUUCCGCCUUGUUCCUCUGGAACGGAGACAGGAACAAACGAGAGAACCGAAGGAGUUAGUGUGGACAGAAAUAAGGAGAAGACACGGCUCAGGACUUUUCCUAUCGAUUUUGAAGCGACACAUUAUCCCUUGCCACUGCGGGGCCACACAGGGUACUUAACGGUUGCUGUGAAGCAUCGGGUUCGCGCGUUGUCAGGGAAGAUGUCAGCACCAUGCUAAUUGUUCGGUCUGCGUUAAACGUGCUCUUCUUUUCGCAUUCUGUUAGGAACCAUUUAUAGUUUUGUUGUGUUGUUGAAUCCUCGGUUUUCUUAAUGGGUGACUACGGGCUGGCCCGAUGUCACAUUGCCGGCGCUGUACAGCAAACCUGGCAAACUACGUAAGGCUUCCUUUCUCGCAAGGCAGGUGUUGACGUGUGGAUCACGCGGCGUCAUGCCACAAACCCGGACAAGGACGGUGAAAAAGCAGUGAAAAAGCACGCUCAGAUGGGGUUUAGAGGAGAGAUACAUUCCCGGCUGACAGCUGCCACUAGUAACUCGUGAAACGAUAGGUGGUGUUUUUGUGAUCGAGAGGGCGGUUGGAUUCAGGCCGUCUCGUGGACGGCUCUCGUCCAACGGCCAGUGAGCUUGCAGUCCAUUCCAUUCCUGCACAUUCAGAUCAAACGCCGGCUGGCAGGUGUUGUCUCAACUGGCAGUUUACGUUUCUCGCGUCGACUGCAUCGUUAUUGAGUUGCUGUAGGUUCGAUAACUGGCGCAGGUAGGCUGGGAUAGAGGGGUCAUUGCGGUAAUGGGGAUGUAUCAAGAUGGUUUCUUCCACGGAGGCGUUGUCGUCAUCAAACUGUUGUAAAGUAACCGCUGUCUAAGGCACCCCUGUUCACUGCUGGCUUUUCAAAGGCGUGGAUAGGCCGCCCAUAGGCAACGACGAGAUACGACGUCGAGCACGUCCUCUCAACAGCGUUUCCAAAAGGCGCUUGCAUCAAUCAAGUUCCACAGUUCCCCGCCAAAGGCGCAUGUGACGAUAUUUCAAGUAGAGACACAGUGGGCCGUUAAGUCCGUGCUUUGUAGAGAAUGCUGGUAUCCAUGUUGCAGGACGGCGACAUAGUAGCUUGAGGCUGUGAGACGCUCAUAAGCAGCACCGUGCACACCUAGCGUCCGCUAUCACGGCCGCAUUGCUUAUGGGUGGCCAAGAGGGGUUGUGGUCCGAAUGCAAGCACCAAAAAACGUCCAGUUGCUUUGGGGAGGUUUCGCUCCCACCCCCACUUUGUUGUUAAAAUGCAGGCAUAUACUGCCUCGUGCGCGGAGCCGCAGCACGAGCAGCCAUCAAGGUGGAGGCAUCUCCACGGGAACCUUGAAAACGCAGAACGCCAACGGUGGGGGCGUUGAUGUUUG